GGUUUCACAGUAGGGUCCGUGCACAGUUGAGACUGCCCCCUGCUGUUAGCUCCUAUGUCGUUGGCAGAAAGCAGACGGACCAACUUGAAGUUAGCUUUACAUGCAAACUGACAAAAGUAGUACCGGGACACUAACUGCUAGUUUUUACACACUUCGAUGGACACUGUUCAGAAAGCAAUGGCCGGAUUUUCUCUGGACCUUGGACCGCUGAAGGAACCUUUGGGAUUUAUUCGUGUCCUCGAAUGGGUCUUUUCAAUCUUCGCCUUUGCCACCAUUGGAGGUUACACUGGGACAACCCACUUCACAGUCAGUUGUCCAGACAAAGACCAACCUGUAGAGGCGUUUUUUGCCUACCCAUUCAGGUUGGCAAUGAAAUCGUAUUGUCGACCACUGUGUAACAGCUCUUCGUGCACUGAGACCUAUCUGCAGGGCGACUUCUCCUCUUCAGCACAGUUCUUUGUGUGUGUUGGUGUGUUUGCCUUCCUUUAUUGCACCGCCACACUCAUAGUCUACCUGGGCUACCGGACUGUCUACCUGCAGACCAGCCGUGGUCCCGUCAUAGACCUGCUGCUGACUGCUGCCUUUGCCUUCCUUUGGCUCGUGUCCUCCUCGGCCUGGGGCAAAGGCCUGACCGAUGUUAAAUAUGCCACUGACCCCAACCGCCCGGUGGAGUUGUGUACCAGCUGUAAAGCAGGAGAGUUUCCUUCCAUGGGCAGGCUCAACGCCUCUGUGAUUUUUGGCUUUCUGAACCUGAUCCUGUGGGCAGGUAACUGCUGGUUCAUUUACAAGGACACUCCGUUCCACAAGGAUCCUGCCCCACCCACCACCAUGGAGGAAGGCGGAGCCCCAGGACCCUAAUCAUGUAGUUAGGGUCCCCCAACACAGCCAUGCACCCUUAAAGAAAGCUUUGUCCCACACUGAUGUAGAGAAAUCCCCCCAGUGAAACACUGGUCUUUAGCAGCCCCCCUUCAGCUCAGUUCCUUUAACGUGUCAAAACCCUAAGCUCAGAUUCACAUCCAGCAGGGUCCCUGAAUGAUGAAGGAAGUCUCCUCCUCUCUUCUGGCUCUGGAGAUUAAAGUGUCAGAGAUCACCACUCCAGCUCAUGUUGAUAUGCUGCUUGACUCUAACAGUCACACUACAGUCUGCUGUGUUUGAAACACUUGUAUGUUUUGAACAUGUCUUCAGAUGGUGAAGGCUUGUAUCACUACAGGCUCGUUACACACUGACUCCAGGAGCUUUUCAGGACACACUGUGCUUACUUCCUGUUUGAUUGCAGUACUAUUACACUACACUGUACUAAAUGUCUAAAUGUAACUCUAGUAACAUUAUUUAUGUUUGACUCUGUUUCCCCAGUUUCAUUGUGCAGCAUCAGUGUAAUUAGAAUUGCACUGAUUAGACUGUUUAUGUGUUGUUGAUGCUGGAAUUUGUGUUUAUGCAAAAGGAGAAAAAGCCGUGACUGAAAUAUGUUCUGUCUCAUUCAUUCAUAUCAUUGGGGUGAGCUCAUAUUAGCGAAACACCGGCACCACAUAUCUUAUUAACUUAUUUAACUAAAACAUUCUUUCAUAUCAAACAUCCUUGAAAGAGUAGUUGUCAAACAGCUAACUGAUCAUCUGCAGAGGAAUGGCUUAUUUGAAGAGUUUCAGUCAGGUUUCAGAGCUCAUCACAGCACAGAAACAGCUUUAGUGAAGGUUACAAAUGAUCUUCUUAUGGCCUCUGACAGUGGACUCAUCUCUGUGCUUGUCCUGCUAGACCUCAGUGCAGCGUUCGAUACUGUUGACCAUAAUAUCCUAUUAGAGCGAUUAGAGCAUGAAUUAAGGGCAGUGCAGUAGUUUGAAACUCAUCUGUGUAGAAUUUCAUUUAUUCCUGACAAUGGGAGUCCUGGUCACACACUGAGGUGCUGCUGGGACCAGUUCUUUUUCCCUGUGGCAGCAUCAGCCCACUCAAAGACAUCCAUUCAUUCAUCCUCUUGCUCUUAUCUGGGUCAUGGAGGGUGAAGCCUCUCCGAGCUGCCACAGGGCGAGAGGCUGGGUACACCAUGGACUGAUUGCAAAUAUGACGCAGGAUUAACGCAGAGAGGCUGACAACCAUUUGCAGCCUAACCCCACUAACUUCACUGGACUGUGGAAGGAAGGUGGAGUACCUGGAAAUAACCCACACAAACACAGUGAGAACAUGAAGUCCACACACACUGGCCCUGGUGGGUGGUGGAGUCGAGCUGGAACAGUGCUGAGCUGCACGUUUGAAGGCGUAGCGUACGGUUUCAUUCCUGUGCAGAUGAUACCCAGCUUUAUAUAUCUGUGAGGUCAGAUAACACACCAGUUAGUUAGAAAGAAGGAAGACCUGGAUGGGCUCUAACUUUCUGCUUCUAAAUUCAGAUCAAACUGAGGUUUUUGGACUGCAAAUCUUAGAAACAGGGUAUCUGUCAGAUGCUCACUCUGGAUGUCCUCCAGCAGUGAUGGUCAAAUGAAGCUCUCAUUGAAAAAGGUUCAUUACUCAGCACAGUCCUGUUUGGCGCCAUCUGAUGGACAAAAUCUGAAGAGCAGGUUGAAUCUAAGCUUGAGACAAACUCCUUCAUCGGCUCUGCACUCAAAGAGCAAAACUGACAGCUUCUCUUUAACACGUGACAGCAUUUCUACCUGAUACUGGGCUGCUGUUUGUGUCUGAUGAAUAAACAUGUGCAGCGCUCUUUG